AUGGAUUCCGAUCUAGAACCCCCCCGUGUGACGGAUGCUGUAGCGGAAUACUCGGCGAAGAUGAUUGAUGUGUGGGAGAGUGAAGAGUGUGAACGCGCCAUGGCUGUGUUGGGUCCGGGGAAGACACCUUUCAAUGUCGGCAAUGCACAAAAGGUUAUGGAUAUUAACACGUUCCACAACCGUGCCGGCCACUUGUCCAAACCCAUUUGGAGACUGUCCGCGAAGAAGCACGGGAUUACCCUCACGGGCACGAUGGACAGCUGUCGAUGGUGCUUGCCGGCGCGAGGGACGAGGGGGCCGGUGCCGAAGCAGGGGGGCGGGUACCACGGCAAGAGGGCGCCGAACGACGUGUUCCACAUCGACCUCUGCGGCGCGUACACGGCGACGAUCGGUGGCAACCACUACAUGCUCUUCGGUGUGGACGCCGCCACGGGAUGGAUGGUCUGCUACGCCAUGCGGCGUAAGUCGGAGGCGCUAGCGGUCGUCAAGCGCAUGGUCGUGGAUGCCGCCCACAAGGCUGGUACCGCGAUCAAGUGCAUCCGCUGCGACUGUGAUACUCUCUGGACCAGCAGCGACUUCAAGGAGCUCUGUGCCAGCAUGGGGAUCACGCUCGAGUACUCCCUUCCCGGCGUGCAGCAGUACAACGGCGUCGUCGAGAGUGCCAUCCAGAGGUGCCUCAAGGUGGCCAAGGCAUCCCGCCGGGCCGCCCAGGAGCUGCUUGGCCCCGCAGGAUUUUCUCGUGUCAGCGGGCUGAGUGUUCGUGGCGAUGAGCUCUGGGCGGAGUCCGCAAAAGACGCCGCGCAGAAACUGAACCAGUCAGCAUCUCCUUCCAACCCCGGGGGUGCGUCGCCGCAGGAACUUUACACCGGCAAGGGAGGCCCUUUUCGCCUGGUCCCGUUCUUCCAGUAAGGUUUCAUGUGGGAGCGGCCGGCAACGAAAAUGGACGACAGGGCCGUGCCAUGUUUUUUCCUCAACGCCGGAGACAACCACGCCGACGUCACCGUUAAGGUGCUCAAGGAGAGGACCGGCCACGUGUGCUACACCUCGAAUGUAGCGUGGGCGGCGCUCCCGCCAU